GCAAGCUUCAACGUGCAGCUUCAGUCUGACAUCAAUGAACUGAUCGACAAAAUUUCGGAAAUCAAUGACGAAGUUGUUCAAGGUUGGUUACUUGACGCGGAAAGCAACACUGCGCAAUGUUUUGCCACUCUACGUAACCUCAAUGCACGGAUGACUGAAUGUGCAAACAUUGCAAACACCUACCGAAAUCACCAGAAGGCCUUUAAGGUAGAAGUGACGAGAUUUGAUAUGCUUGAACAAGUAACGAAUGAAGUGAAACUGCGCACAUUGCUGUGGGAAACCGUUGACUCGUGGGCGGCAGCGGUUGAAGAGUGGCACGUAGUACCGUUCGACACAUUGAAUAUCGAAGAAAUGACGUCGUUUACUUCACGUAACGUGAAAAAUAUUGCAAUGCUGGAAAAAGGCCUGCCACCGAACAACAUCGUACCAAAGCUGAAGGAAAACGUUGAAAUGAUAAAGGACAAACUGCCGGUUAUAGGCUUUCUCAGAAACCCAAACCUGAAGACUCGUCAUUGGCAGAAAAUAGAAAACUUACUCAACUACAAAUUCACAGCAGAUGAACAGGUCACACUGACUCUUCUUGAAAAACUAAAUGUUUUUUCGUAUCCUGCUGAACUGAUGGAAAUUGCGGCAGCGGCCAGCUCGGAAUUUGGUUUAGAAAUACUGUUAAAAAAAGUUGAAGAAUCCUGGAAGACUCUAGAAUUUAUCGUCAUCCCGCACAAGGAAUCCAAGGAUGUGUUCAUACUCGGAUCCUUGGAAGAAGUUCAGGCUAUUCUCGAAGAAAGUAACAUCAAUAUUCAGACUAUCGUCGCGUCGCGUCACGUUGGUCCGAUUAAGUCACGAGUGGAAGACUGGGUCAAGCAACUGGAUCUAUUUUGGAAGACACUGGAUGCUUGGCAGUACUGUCAACAGCAAUGGCUCUAUUUAGAGUCUAUAUUCUCAGCUCCCGACAUUCAACGUCAACUACCCGUUGAAUCGAAGCUUUUCAUUGUAGUUGACAAAUCGUGGAAAGACAUAAUGAGAAAAACAGCCAAGAUGCCAUUGGCCUUGGAAUCGUGCUGCCAGCCGGGUUUGUACGAAAAGUUCCUGGAGAAUAACAGAAACUUGGAUCAGAUCUUAAAAUGUCUCGAAGCGUAUCUUGAAACAAAACGUAUUGCAUUUCCACGUUUCUUUUUCCUAUCCAAUGACGAACUGCUUGAAAUAUUAGCACAGACUAGAAAUCCCCACGCAGUACAAAGACACUUGCAGAAAUGCUUCGACGCAAUUUAUCGUUUGGAGUUUGCCACAGCUGUACCUGAAGAUGGUGCAGAGACAAGUGACACUAUACUGACUACAGACAUCAACGCGAUGAUAUCUCCCGAAGGAGAAAGAGUUCAGUUAGGAAAAGGAUUGAAAGCACGUGGUAAUGUGGAAGACUGGUUAGGAAAGGUUGAGGCAUCCAUGUUUUUAUCCCUAAAAAGAAGGAUGAAAGCGGCAAUAAACGAUCUUCACAACAGAGGAAGAGAAAUGUUUUUGGUUGCACAUCCCUCACAGAUUGUUUUGACAGUAUCGCAAAUAUUCUGGGCUCGAAACGUUCACUUGAUUCUCGAUGGUAAAGUCAACGUUGAAAACGCCAUGCAAUCGUUCGAACAAAAAUCUUACUCGGACUUGAAUCAACUUGCAGCUAUGGUAAGGGGGGAGUUGCCGAGGCUGGUACGUGAAGUAAUCAUCAACCUGAUAACCGUCGAUGUCCACGCAAGAGACACCAUAACGAUUCUGGUUGAAAAUAAAGUGAACAGCAGCACAAAUUUCGAAUGGAUGAAAGCACUCCGGUACUACUGGGACGACGAAGUAGAUAAUUGCUUGGCGAGGAUGAGCAGUGCAGAAUAUCUGUACGGGUAUGAAUACCUUGGAGCGCAGAGAAGGCUUGUCAUCACCCCGCUGACAGACAAAUGUUAUCUCUGCCUUAUGGGGGCUCUUCAAUUGGAUCUCGGUGGAGCUCCGGCUGGACCUGCGGGUACUGGAAAAACCGAGACCACCAAGGACUUAGCAAAAGCUCUUGCCAUCCGAUGCGUAGUCUUCAAUUGUUCAGAGGGACUUGAUUACCGGAUGAUGGGCAGAUUCUUCUCCGGACUUGCAACAUCCGGUGCAUGGUGUUGUUUUGACGAAUUCAAUCGGAUUGAUAUCGAAGUACUUUCAGUAAUAGCGCAACAGUUGAUCACUAUAAGAAAUGCGAAGGUAGCUAGAGCCAAAGAAUUUCUAUUUGAAGGACGAAAAAUAAAGCUAGUUAUGUCAUGCGCUGCUUUUAUAACCAUGAAUCCGGGUUAUGCUGGCCGUACGGAAUUGCCAGACAAUCUAAAAUCCCUGUUCCGUCCCAUAUCCAUGAUGGUUCCAGACUACAAACUAAUUGCGGAGGUGACAUUGUAUUCCGAGGGUUUUGAGUCAUCGAAAUCGCUGUCUAAAAAAAUGACAUUGAUGUACACGCUUUGCAGCGAACAGCUUUCCCAACAGGAUCACUACGAUUUUGGAAUGAGAGCUGUAAAAAGUGUCCUUGUGAUGGCUGGAAGUCUGAAACGAGAAAACCCAGACAAACAAGAAGAUGUAGUUUUAAUAAGAGCUUUGCGGGACAGCAACCUUCCUAAAUUCUUAGCCGAUGACGCCGAGCUUUUUCAGGGCAUACUUGGUGACCUCUUUCCCGGUGUAGUUAUACCAGAAGAGGACUAUGGCGUAUUCCAGCAAACAACCAUAAAAGUAAUGCUGCAAGCCCGCCUUCAACCUGAACCUUGCUCGAUAAAGAAAGUCAUCCAACUACACGAGACUAUGAUAGUCAGACAUGGAGUUAUGCUGGUAGGACCCACAGGCGGCGGAAAAACAACUGUCUUAAAAACGUUAUGCGACACGUUGACGCGGCUUUACCAAAAUGGCGUUGUUGGGCAACACUUUCAGCCAGUACACAUGUACACCUUGAACCCCAAAUCUGUGACAAUUGGCGAAUUGUACGGGGAAGUUAAUACCUUAUCGAACGAGUGGCACGACGGAUUGCUAGGAAUUAUCGUUCGCAGUGCCUGCUCGGCCCAAAAUGAGGACCAUCAGUGGGUAGUUUGCGAUGGACCAGUAGACGCCGUGUGGAUAGAGAACAUGAAUACAGUAUUAGACGAUAACAAGAUGCUCUGCCUUGCUAAUUCGGAACGAAUAAAAUUCACCCCAUACGUGCAUAUGGUGUUUGAAGUCAUGGACCUGGCUCAGGCUUCUCCCGCAACAGUUAGCCGAUGCGGUAUGGUGUACCUUGAUCCUUCCGAGCUUCAGUGGCUUCCAUACGUUAAGACCUGGGUUUCUAAGCUUCCUUGGAGAAUAGUUAAUGAUGAUAUGAAAGAGCAAAUACUCGAACUAUUCACCACUUAUAUGGACCCUGGAUUAGCAUUUUUUAAGAAAAAUUGUGAGCACGCUAUUCAUCAGGUUGACAUAAGCAAGGCUAACAUGCUAUGUGCUCUGAUGGAAAGCAUUUUAAACGAACCCGGCUCAAUCGACAGAACAGUUGAAAAAUCACGGACCAAAAAUUUCCUUACCCAAGCCUUCAUCUUCUGUUUUAUUUGGUCUGUCGGUGGAAAUCUUAUAGACACUUCGAGAGAAAUAUUCGAAACGUUCGUCAAAGAUCAAUUCGAUGAAAAUCCUGACGCACGACUACCAGCUAGUGGGGAUCUUUGGAGCCUCUAUAUCAAUGUUCAAGGUCGACGAAUGGAUUUGUGGAUAAAACUAUUGCCAGUAUUCAAUUACAACCCAGAACAACCAUUUUUCGAAAUUCUAGUACCCACAAUAGAUACAGUUCGAUUCUCUUACAUCAUGCAAAAACUGUUGGAAACCAACAAGGCCGUUCUAUUCACGGGCGGUACUGGUGUUGGAAAAUCAGUAAUCGCGAAACUGGUACUGCAUAAUUUGCAGAAAACUGAAUCGUGGGUUCCAGUUAUACUGAAUUUCUCAGCGCAAACAAGUAGCAGUCGUACUCAAGAGAUUCUUGAACUUAAGCUAGAGAAAAAAAAGAAAGCUCUGAUAGGAGCUCCGGUGGGAAAACGCGUUUGCGUGUUCGUUGAUGAUGUCAAUAUGCCGAAGCUGGAUACUUACGGAUCGCAACCACCGAUUGAACUUCUUCGACAAUUUCUUGACUUCGGAGGUCUGUAUGAUAGGGAAAAGUUAUUUUGGAAAGUAAUAGAGGAUGUGGUAUUGUCGUGCGCAUGUGCUCCUCCUGGUGGUGGAAGAAAUAUUUUGACUCCAAGGUUUGUCAGACACUUUGGAAUGCUAGUCAUCCCAGCCCCAACUGAAGGAUCUUUGAAAGCAAUAUUCAGAGCCAUUAUGAGAGGUUUUUUGAAAGAUUUUUGUCCACCCGUUAUGGACGUUGGGGACAAGAUAGUUACAGCUGCUGUUGAAGUUUAUGACAGAAUAGCAAUUGAUCUGCUCCCUACACCUGAAAAGAGUCAUUACGUAUUCAAUUUACGCGAUUUAUCGAAGUGCUUCCAAGGCAUAUUACAGGCUGACUCAUCCGACGUAAGAGAAGCGAAACAAAUCCUGAGACUGUUUUACCACGAAUGCUUGCGCGUUUUUCACGAUCGGUUAAUCAACGUAGAGGACAAGUCUUAUUUUUAUCGUCUGAUGACGGAUAUGUGUAGACGCACAUUCGGAACGGAUGUCGUUCCAUUACCAGAGGAGGAAAUCAUAGAACACCCACCAAUCAUUCUUUUCGGGGACUUCAUGCAGGUUGGUGCUGCUAAAGAGAACAGGAUUUACCAGGAAAUCACAGAUGUUGCCAAGCUGAAAGUGGUCCUACAGGACUACUUGGACGAUUACUGCUUAGCCACAGUGAAAGAGAUGAACAUCAUAUUCUUCAUGGACGCUGUUGAACAUUUGUGCAGAUUAGCCAGAAUAUUGCGAUCCGAGAGAGGAAAUGGACUGUUAGUCGGUGUUGGAGGCAUGGGAAAGCAGAGUCUUACGAGCCGCGGAUAUGACAUAAAUUCGUGGCACGACGAUUUGCGGCGUUUCUACUUUGCACCGGGCUCUCUUGCUACCGAUGCAACGUUUCUUUUCACUGAUACUCAGAUCGUGGUUGAAGAAUUCUUAGAAGAUAUCAAUAACACACUGAAUUCAGGUGAAGUCCCAAAUCUCUUCGAGGCUGAUGAACUGGAAAAGGCCAUAAUUGCAACCAGACCUGCAGCCAAGAUGGCUGAAAUCGCAGAAACAGCCAGGGAUGAAAUAUACCGAUUCUUCAUCGGCAGAGUAAGGAAUCACCUGCAUCUCAUGUUGUGCAUGAGUCCUGUUGGCGACGCAUUCAGGCGUCGUUGUCGCAUGUUCCCUUCACUGGUCAAUUGCUGUACCAUCGACUGGUAUACAAAAUGGCCUGAUGAGGCCUUGCUUUCGGUUGCUGAAAACACUCUAGCCUCCAUGAUGGGGGCUGAUGCUCCUAUGCUCCCCGCUUUGUCUACGAUCUGUGUAUUUAUGCACGAGAGUGUAGAGCAAAUGACCGUGCGGUUUUUCAACGAAGUUAGACGCAGAUAUUACACUACACCCAGCAGUUAUUUGGAACUCCUGAAGCUCUACGCGUCCACUUUGGACACUAAGAAAAAGAAGACUUUGAUGACGAAAGAUAGAAUAUCGAAUGGACUUAGGAAACUGUCUGAAACGAAUGAAACCGUCUCGGACAUGAAAGCCCAGUUACUCGUUUUGGCUCCCAAGUUAAAGGUCAGCUCUGAAGAAGUGUCGAAACUGCUUGUAAUUGUGCAAAAGCAGCAAGUAGAAGCCGAUAAAGCAAGAAAUAUUGUCGCCGCGGACGAGGCCACAGCCAAGGCUAAAGCAGAGGCAAUGGGAAUAUUAGAAGCGGAUGCAAAGAAGGACCUUGAAGCUGCAAUGCCAGCUUUAGAGGAGGCGAAACGAGCGCUCGAAUCUCUCAAUAAAAACGAUAUAAACGAGAUAAAGGUUUUCAACAAACCACCACAUCUGGUUCGCUUUGUCAUGGAAGCUGUGGAUUUGCUGCUAGGAGAAAAACUAGACUGGGCAUCAGCGAAACUAGUGCUUUCAGACGUCCACUUUUUAGACAGACUACUGCAGUACCCUAAAGAUGAUAUAAGCGACAAGCUAUUAAAAAAAUUGCAGGACUACGUAACAAAUCCGGAGUUUGUACCGGAACUGGUGGCCAAGCAAAGUAAAGUCUGUAAAUCCAUUUGCAUCUGGGUCAGAGCGAUAGACGGAUAUGCAAAACUGUACAGGAUCGUCGAACCGAAAAGAAUAAAACUGGUGCAAGCACAAAACGAACUGUGGGUGAUUGAAGGAGUCUUGCAACAGAAGCAGAAACAAUUGGCAGAAGUCGAGAAGAAGAUCGCUAAACUACAGGCCCAGUUUGACGGUGCUGUGAACAAUUUGGCGCAACUACAAUACCAGAUGGCACUUGCUGAAGCUAGAUUGAAUAGAUCUGGACGUUUGACGUCCGCUCUUGCAGACGAGCAAAUCCGAUGGGAAGAAUUAAUGAAAGAUUUUGACAGACAGAUUCAGAAUCUGACCGGCGAUAUCUUGAUCGCCGCUGGAGCAUUGGCAUACCUUGGAGCAUUCACCAGCGUCUAUAGAGAAGAGUUACUCAGCAGUUGGAUUGACAGUUGCAUCAAGGGAGAAGUGCCCAUCACCCCUGGUUUCAGCUUAAUCACCGUCUUGGCUGACCCCUAUGAAAUUCGAUGCUGGAACGGGUUCGGCUUACCAAGAGAUCAAGUCAGUACGGAAAAUGCGAUACUGGUAACACAAGCUGGAAAAUGGCCACUGAUGAUCGAUCCUCAAGAACAGGCUAACAGGUGGAUUCGCAACAUGGAACGUGAGAAUAAUUUGAAAAUAUGCAAAAUGACAGAUUCAAACUUUAUGCGAGUUAUGGAGGCUUGCAUUAGGGUUGGAGCACCGAUGUUACUUCAGGAAAUUGGAGAGAUUCUGGAUCCUAGUUUGGAACCCGUUCUCCUUAAGCAAGUUUAUAUAAUGGGUGGACGAUUGUUGAUUCGGAUUGGCGACAGCGAGGUGGAAUACGACACAAAUUUUAAACUAUACAUUACCACGAAAAUGGCAAACCCGCACUACUUGCCGGAAAUUUGCAUCAAGGUAACAAUAGUGAACUUCACCGUCACGCCGUCGGGUCUCGAGGACCAACUGCUCGCAGACGUCGUACGACUGGAGAGACCUGAUCUCGAAAAAUUGCGGAAUGAAUUGAUCGCCAAGAUUAACGCCGACAAGGGACAACUCCAGUUAAUCGAGGACAAGAUUUUAUCCUUACUGUUCAGCUCUGGAGAUAACAUAUUGGACAACGAGGAACUUAUCGAAACUCUUAACGACAGUAAAGAAACGUCAGCAAUCAUAGCGACGCGUUUGAUAGAAACAGAGGCUACCGAGCAAAAGAUAACAGUUGCUAGAGAAAAGUAUCGGACGGUAUCAACUAGGGGAUCGGUAUUAUAUUUCGUGGUGGCUAAUUUGGGGGAGAUAGAUCCGAUGUACCAGUUUUCUCUAAAAUAUUUCAACCAGGUUUUUAACACAGUCAUCGAAACAAGUCAGAAGAGUUCUGACCUACAAGAACGACUUCUGAUUCUCUACGACGAAAUUACAACGGCUAUAUACACUAACGUUUCAAGAGGUCUGUUCGAAAGGCAUAAACUCGUAUUUAGCUUCAUGCUAAACGUCGCUGUAUAUUUAAACGCUCAGAUUAUUAAACCUGAAGAAUGGAAUUUUUUACUUUAUGGCGCUGGACAAUUUACAGCCCCUCAAAAGCCGGACUACCCAACGCUGACUGAUCCCAUGUGGAAUGGCAUUGUUUAUCUAACACAGAAUUUCGCGAAGUUCAAAAAAUUGACAGACGAUGCAUUCACAAGAAUAAUCAUUUCAAUCGGUACGAAUGAGCAGGAAAUAAAUAUAAUUCCCAGUAACAAUACGAAAGCAGCAAAUGACUGGAAUUCAAGUUUGACUGACAUGGAGAAGUUAAUGUUACUGAAAGCUAUGAAGGAAGAAAAGCUCAUCUUUGGUAUAACGGCGUACGUUCAAAAAAAUCUUGGUCAACCGUUCAUUGAAUCACCAAUGAUUUCUCUUCAGCUUCUCUUUCCGGAUACAUCCAAGACAACGCCACUCGUCUUUGUCCUAAGUACUGGAUCCGAUCCUUUCGCUGCUUUUCAAAAGUUUGCUGCUGAAAUGGGAUUCAUGGAUAGAAUAGAAUCCAUUUCACUAGGCCAAGGGCAAGGCCCAGUUGCCGAGGCGCUUUUGGCCAGAGGCACCAAGGAAGGCUAUUGGAUAUUUUUACAAAAUUGUCACUUGGCCACUUCGUGGAUGCUGAGUAUGGAGAGAUUGGUCGUCAGCAUAGCAGAGGAAUCUGAAGAAGUACAUCAGGACUUCCGACUAUUUCUGAGCUCCAUGCCGAGCGUUUCAUUCCCCGUAUCCAUCCUUCAAAACUCGGUUAAAGUUACCAACGAACCUCCCAAGGGCUUGAAGGCCAAUAUUAAGAGAUCGUUGUUUGAGCUGGAAGAAGACUUCUUUGAAAACCAUGCAUUGGGAUCACAGUGGAGGAAAAUGGUAUUCGGGAUUUGUUUUUUUCACGCCAUUGUUCAAGAACGAAAAAAGUUCGGUCCUCUAGGGUGGAACAUAUUAUACGAAUUCAAUACUAAUGACCGUGAAUGUUGCUUGUUAAACUUACAAAUGUUCUGUACGAGUGGAACGAUUCCUUGGGACGCUCUAAUGUACAUUACAGGUGAAAUAACAUACGGUGGAAGGAUCACUGACAAUUGGGACUUACGUUGUCUCAAGACGAUUCUGGAAGGGUUCUUUUCACCCAUGACUCUAGACCCUGAUUAUACAUACUCAUUGUCAGGAACAUAUUAUUGCCCUGACUACAAAAAACUUCAAAAAUACAAAGAUUUUGUAGAAAGCUUUCCAAUAAUAGAAGAUCCAGAAAUUUUCGGCAUGCAUGAAAAUGCCAAUAUUGCUUAUCAGCUCAGGGAGACGAAAACUGUUCUAGACACGAUUAUGGAUGUGCAACCAAAAAUCAGUGCAGCUGGCGAAGGCAAGUCCAGUUCAGAACUAGCCUUUGAACUGGCUGACAUGGUGAUGGAGAGGAUUAUUUUAUCCAUUGAUUCGUCCGAAUGCAACCCCAUUCAUCUUGAAAAAGAUGCGGCUGGUCGAAUUCCGUCACUUACCACAGUUUUGCUGCACGAAGUCGACAGGUUUAACAAACUUUUGGCUAAAAUUCACUCUUCCAUGGACAAUCUUCAACGGGCCAUUAAAGGAUUCGUUGUAAUGUCUGACGAACUGGAAAAGGUCUUUAGAGCUCUUAUUAACAAUCAGGUCCCACAAAUGUGGCAUAAUGUGAACGUGUAUCCAUCGUUGAAGAGUUUGGGAAGCUGGAUAAGAGAUUUGGAACUGCGAACGGACUUUAUUUCGACUUGGUUGUACCACGAAAUGCCGAUUUCGUUCUGGAUAUCAGGCAUGUCCUUUCCCCAAGGGUUCAUAACUGGAAUGUUGCAAACGUAUGCCCGGAAGUACAACACUCCCAUAGAUCAUCUAAAGCUAGAUUUUGCUCCCACCAAAAUUGUAUUGGAUCAAGAAUUGAUAGAAUCUGCUCACCGAGAACAUCGUAAAGAGGUACGCAGUGCAUACGGUAACGUGAGUCUCCCGCGUGAUGGAGUUCUGAUUCACGGGUUAUUCCUCGAUGCCGGUAGAUGGGAUUUUCAGUUUAUGGUUCUUGUCGAUGCAAACAAAGGUGAGAUGAAUCCGCCUUUACCAGUUUUGCACGUUCUACCGACAGCAUCAUUACCGGAAAACGAUCCACGCUACGUUUGCCCCUUGUACAAGACGAGCAUACGAGCUGGAGUUCUUUCAACAACAGGACACAGCACGAAUUUCGUAGUAUCAAUUUUGCUUAAUUCGGCACGCAGACAAUCCUACUGGAUUUUAAAGGGAACGGCACUCCUGAUUCAAAUCACGAAUUAAUUCUGGGCCUGUGUCGGACAGAAUAUACUUCGGAAAGUCUAAUGAAUUUCCUUGGAAAUG